CUUCCGCUUCCGGCGCGCUGGUGUAGUUCCAAGAUGGUGUCGUCGCUGUGCGGGUCUCGGAUGUCGGGGCUGCUGGGCCGAGCCCUCCCACGGGUGGGGCGGCCCAUGUCGAGUGGCGCCCACGGCGAGGAGGGUUCAGCUCGCAUGUGGAAGGCCCUCACCUACUUCGUGGCGCUGCCCGGGGUGGGAGUGAGCAUGCUCAACGUCUUCCUGAAGUCGCGGCACGAAGAGCACGAGAGACCCGAGUUCGUCGCCUACCCCCAUCUCCGCAUCAGGACCAAGCCCUUCCCCUGGGGAGAUGGUAACCAUACCCUCUUCCACAACCCUCAUGUGAACCCACUUCCGACUGGCUAUGAAGAUGAGUAAAGAGGACCUUCCCCCAGGCAACAAGGGACCACAGCACUGGUUUGGACCAUUACUCCUUGUGGACCAUGAAAGCGCAUGGGGCGCUAAGCUCAUCUUUCCUUGCAUCCAACAGUGACCAUUACACUGAUCUUCCAUCCCUUUGCUUAUAAGAGAUGGCCUAAAUAAAUAACUUAAAGUUACGUUGUUCAUGA